AUCAAUCGAUUGCAGUACAGGCCAGGCUGUGCGGUGGCUGUGCUGUGCUGUGCUGCUCUGCUCGAAGCACGAGGAAGGACGCGUAGAAACUGCGCUUGCGCGUGCCUAGAACGCAGUUCUACGUAGUACCUAGUCUUGGCGCGAUGUCCGUAUCGGCAAGUGAUUUGGCCGCGGCGCAUUCUCCCAGAGUCACGAGCGGUGCCAGCGGACGCAAAGGGUUGUGGGCUGGCACUCGGUGCGCAGUCGCAAAUCGCAAGUCGCACGUCGCACGCUGUUCACGAAAGGCUGUACUGUUAGAAAAGUACGGCGAGCGCUGCGCGGAUAGUAUCGCCAGAAGUUAAGCUGAGGUGAAGACACCGUGUUGACGUGACGUCGAUCCUAUACGAUGGAGAAAGUCGAUCCGUCCAGCGCCGAUAGCAUAUACGAACGCCACGCGGAGUAUCGCCAUACGAUAUGCUGGGGUUAGGACCAGCCUGUGCGUUCUCGAAGUGCUUGGGAUUUCUCAAGCUGCACUGAGUUUCUCAAGUGUCGGUCGUGAAGAUGUACAGAUGAACGCCGAGCGCCGCGCUUAUCCUCCAGGAACUCUCUGUCAGUUCCCUUUUGAGGCGCCUAAAAAGCAGUCGUGAGGAGUCUAUUUUUGAGGCGCCUAAAGAACAGACGAACGCCAAGCGCCGCGCUUAUCCUCCAGGACCUCUUUGUCAGUGACGGUUCACAAAUGAUUUUUGAGUCAACUCAAAAAUCACCUUUGUCACUCACAGUUCACAAAUGACGCGAAUGCCCGGCGCUUUCAGAUACUUUCUGACUCGGGAAGUGUUGUAGCAGGGUCUCUAACAGCGCGCUUUGCGCUUUCAGAUGCUUUUCACGACUAACAGCCUGUGGCAUAGUAGCCUCGAAGGGUAAUAGACGACCUCUGUUUCUUGAAGCGACUCGAAACCCGGGAAGUGUACUCGGACUUAUAACUACGACUAGUCGUAGUAGUUGUUAGAGUACCAUCAGGUCGUCAGCUUGAUGCCCGCUCAACGGGUAAUGGACGACCUCUGCGCGCAAUCGCGCGCCACCAUACGCGACAAGUACCGCCUCGGUACAAGGACCACCUUAUCCGCCGUCACUCCCGCCGCCUUUCCCGGAAAAAGCUCUCCCGCCGCAUCCCCCGCCGCAUCUCCCGUCGUUCCCUGGCGCGAGCGCGUCGCGGACGUGGCAGAGACCGAUAUGAGAUGGGCGGUGGCGACAUACGCCGCCGCUCCCGUUGAGGCGCCGCAAGAAGACACGAGAUACCGCACCUCAGGGGGCGUCGCGACAUACACCGCCGCUCCUAAAAGGAGUAGCACUCCUACUCCUAGUGCGAGAAAUUGCGGCGGCAGGAUUACUAAUCUAGCGCAGGGAGCGAGUCGCGUCACUCCUGCUAUCAGCGGUGGUACGAAGGAAGAAUGGAAGGAGACGGGGGGCAGCAGGAGCAGGCCGCCCGUAGGCAGCGCGAGGGCGAAAGGCAAGUCCAUUGGGUCGCUGGCAGAGCUGCGACAGCUGGCGAUGACGCAGCAGGGGCAGCAGAUGACGCAGCAGGGGCAGCAGAUGACGCAGCACGGGCAGCAGAUGUCGCAGCGGCAGAAGCUGAGGCAGAAGCAGCGCAACGAGCAGCCGAAGAGGGGUCGCAGUGGGCCUUUGCGUGCCGCUGUCUCUCCCUCCACCCGUGCGUACCGGGCGCGGAACAGGAGCCUCGGGGACGACGUUACGUUUCGCGGGAUCGCACUGGACAGCGAUGCGGAUACCGACGUGAGUACGUCCCAAAAUUGGGGGGCCAUAAACCGCGAAGCAUCCCCAAAAUCAACUGCAUGGAGGAGAGUUGACUCUGGAAGCCUGAUGCGCCGUGAAUCAGCAGCACGCGCCACAGAAGCACGCGCCUGGAUCGACGACGCGGAAAGGGCGGGCGAAGCCGACAAGGGAAGAGCGGAAAGGGCGCGCUGGAAAGAAGACGCGGAAAGAACAGGCGGCGAAGCCGAGGGGGGAGGCGAAAGCGAGAGCAGCGCUGAGACGGGCCGCAGUGCCCUCGAGAUGCCUCAGUCAGCGAAGCCAUUCGUUCCGUCUGCUCCUGCUCUGCACCAGUGCUUCUCCCCUGCACCCGCCACGCCCGGCCGUUUUGCAGCGUCGCUCAAGUCUCUGGUCGGAAGGCUGCAGUUUGUUGCGAGCAAAGGGGGGAGAGAUAGAGACGAUUGGCGAAGUGGAGGAGGCGAGAGGGAUCGAGGCGGCAUCAGAAGUGGAGAAGGCAGGGGAGCAGAGAGCGCCCCUGGUGCCAUCGGUGAGGGCGUGAAUGCGGCACCAGCAGUGAGAGCAGCGAGGACCCCGGCUCUAACGUCCCCAACCCAAGUUGUAACAUCCCCAAGCCAGGGUUUAACGUCUCCAACCCCGGCUGUGCAUCGCGGUGGCACGCUGAAGGGCGGAAGCAAGACUCGAGUGUCCGGAGCGGCAGCAGGAGCAGCAGCAGGAGCAACAGCAGGGGGCGCAGCAGCAGGACCGGCAGCAGGAGCAAUAGCAGCAACCAGCAAACAAAAGGCUUCCCUGCCUUGCGUGAAUAAGAGUGCCACCCUCAUUACAGUCACACCACGCAUGAAACUCCCCAGUUCAGCUACGUUCUCUGGGGGCAAUGCGCCACCGGUACCAGCACCUCAGCACAUGCAGCAUGUUCCCCGGAGCAGGUCCGGCGCAGGUGCGGGUACGGGUGCAGGUGCGGGAGCAGGUGCGGGUACAGGGGCAGGCGCAGGGGCAGGGAGUGGGGCAGCAGAAGUGCAUGAUCCUAGAAGACCAACAAAGGAAGAAUCGACUGGCAGGGGUCACGGUGACCAUCACAAUCGCCUUGAUGACCUCUACCCCCAGAGCUAUCAUCCAAAGGUCAUAGUACAAGCACCUGAAAGCGGACUGGCUGUAGCAGCAGCAGCAUCAGUGCCAGCAGUGGCAGCAGCAGCAGCAGGAGCGGCGGCGGCGGGGCCGGAGGCAGUGGAAAAAUGGCUGCAAUCUGCUGAUCUCACAGCCUGGCCCUUGGAAACAGAGGUGGAGUGGGAGGAGAGUGCGUGGGAGGGGGGAAGCAUGUGGGAGGGGAGUGCAUGGGGAGAGAGUGGUGUGCUCCCUUCGGUGCACACUCCCUGCCACACCCUUUUUAAAUUCCAAGAGGAUAUAUCGAUUGCGGAAGCAGCUGCGCUGUGGGGUUACAACGGAACGCAUUCUAUGGAGCCCGUAUCUUGUGCUCCAAUAACAGGAUAUUCAAGUGUACCACAGUGGUAUCCUUCUGGGCCUGCUUUUGUGCAACAGAUGGAGGUGGAUCAACAACAUUUUUUAAACGGACCCUGGUCACAUGAUAUGACACCAUGCAGCACACUACUUCCAAGUUAUUCCAAGUGUCACCAACAGCCUAACAGUGCUCAUUUGUGCGACUUGCCUGCCAAUGGUGAGUGGCAGUGUGAACUGUGGUUUGCUCCAAGUGCUCAAGCUGUAAGGUACCCUUGAAGAUUUCUGGUGUAGGCUUUAUGCUUAUCAAAUAAAUGUAUGAACAUUAUUCUCAAAAUAAAUGGGUUCCGUUUAU